ACCGGGCGCUAGAUGGCGUUAGUAUUUUUUUUAUUGAGACGUUCUACCAGAGGUUCUACUCCGUUGCCUAAAAGAUAAAAGAUAAAAAAGGAAUGAUAUAUGCUGCAUCAUCUACUCUGUGAUAAUGAAGUGCUGCCACCAGGUAGUUGCCCAGGUAGCUUGCCUUGUUUUAGGCUGUGUCAUGUUAACGGCUACAGCCACGAAAGAAAAUCCAGAUGAAGUGACUCGAUUACCCGGUCUUCCAUAUAAGCUGAAUUUCAGACAUUAUUCUGGAUAUUUAAAAGCGUCUGGAACAAAGAGAUUACACUAUUGGUUUGUCGAGUCGCAGGACAAUCCUCAGCACGACCCCCUGCUGCUGUGGAUGAACGGUGGCCCUGGCUGCAGCUCACUCGACGGCUUUCUGUCUGAGCUAGGUCCGUUCUACGUCAGAGACAAUGGCCGUGACCUCUAUCUGAACACGUACAGUUGGAACACGAUUGCCAAUGUCCUGUUUUUGGAAGCACCAGCAGGAGUAGGCUUCUCAUAUUCUGAGGAUGGAAGAUACGGCACUGACGAUGACACUGUCUCUAUGGAUAAUUAUCUUGCCCUACAAGAUUUCUUCAGCAAGUAUCCACAAUUUCUCGCCAAUGAUUUCUACGUAACGGGCGAGAGUUAUGGCGGUAUCUACGUACCAACGCUAUCUCUGCGAGUUCUCAAUGGCACCACACCCAUCCGGUUAAAGGGGUUUGCUGUAGGAAAUGGUUUGACCAGCUACGCUGAACUACAGAAUUCAAUCGUGUUCUUUGCCUAUUACCAUGGCCUUUUUGGAGAAACAUUGUGGCAUGACUUGCUGGCGAAUUGUUGCAAGGGUCCUGGUGCAAAUGAAUGUGAUUUUCAAUCAAGUAAUCCAGAUUGUACCAACAAUGUAGGUAUGGUGGAGGUGAUAGUGACCAUGAUCGGCCUCAAUGUCUACUCGCUGUACCAAGAUUGUGCGACCGGUGCGUCCGCUCAGUCUCUGCGCUACCAGUUCGACAUGCAGCAUGUGUUUCCAGCUCUCAGGAACAAAUCACAGGCUGAUAAUGAGGCAAUACGGAUCAUCAAGAACAUGUCUGAUGAUGGGCUGAGCAUGAACCCUCCCUGCAUCGAUGCUUCUGCUGUCACAACGUGGCUGAACAGGUCGGACGUACGCGAGGCAUUACACAUUCCAGCGUCGGUGCAGCCGUGGGAACUUUGCAGUCAGGAAGUCGGCUCUCAGUACAAGACGCUGUACAAGUCGAUGAUGAAGCAGUACCAGCAGCUGUUGCCCCAUGUACGAGCUCUGGUGUACAACGGUGAUACUGACAUGGCGUGCAACUUCCUUGGUGACGAGUGGUUUGUGGAGUCGCUGAAACGCAAGGUCACCUCUGCAAGACAGCCGUGGAAAUUCAACCACCAGGUUGCAGGUUUCGUGAAACAGUUUGAGAAUAUCGACUUUGUCACUAUCAAGGGGGCUGGUCACAUGGUGCCACAGUUCAAACCAGGUCAAGCACUCAAGAUGAUCAAAAGUUGGCUGAAUCAGGAACCAUACUAAGGAAGUCUUAUUGUUUCAGAAAGCACCACAUUCAAAUGUAUGUUAUUCAUUUAGUGAGCUUCCAUUGAUUAUAAGGAAGCUAAUUUAGCUGUACUAAUUUGGAGGCUAUUUUAUGGGUGGAAGCUCAUUGUAUAAUAAAAAUUUAAAAUUUUUAGAAUAGCUAAUAUAAUAGUGCUAAUGGUCUUAUAGGUAAAAGUCUUAUACCAAAAAUCUAAAGCUUGACAAGAGCAUGGGUUUGUAAAAUUUUAAAAUUCCUGGUAUUAUUUGUGCACCUAUGCAUACACAUGUGUAUAAUAUAGGUAUAUAUAUAUAUAUAUCAGAAGUAGAUAAUAGGGAAGGAGUGUGACUUCAAUAAA